UUGGAUUCUACUUAAAAUGGAAGUUGACAUUAAUGGAGAGGCCAGAUCUAUGCUAGCCCCUCUCCCCUUGCCUAUUGCUGAAGUGAGUGCUGCAAGCAAAACAGACGAGAAACCUCGCUGCUCCAGCACCCCAUGUUCACCAAUGCGCCAGACUGUUUCAGGUUAUCAAAUCCUCCACAUGGAUUCUAACUUCUUGGUUGGCUUCACUACUGGAGAGGAGCUCCUGAAAUUAGCCCAAAAGUGCACUGUAGAAGAACAGAAUAAUGUUGAAAUGAUAGGGCCUACUUUGCGUUCCAAACAGCUUGAUUCAGGACUUUCUCGUUCUUCCCGAGUGUGCAAAGCCAGAAGCAGGUAUUACCAGCCUUAUGAGAUCCCAGCGAUCAAUGGCCGUAGAAGGCGACGGAUGCCCAGCUCAGGGGAUAAAUGCAGCAAGCCACUACCUUAUGAACCAUACAAGGCAUUUCAUGGUCCUUUGCCCCUCUGCCUUUUCAAAGGUAAAAGAGC